GAGCUAUUUUAAACUCUAAUCUAAAAUAACAAGAGAGAAAAUGAAGGGAAACGGAAAAGUUUUAAUACGAUAUGGGACCGCAAUCACUGCUACUGCUUACACCGUAGGAGGAUUUGGCUGUAUAGUUUCCUGGACUUCACCAGCUUUGGAACACUUUAAAAACAACAGUACCGAUUUUCGAAUGACAACAGAUGAAAUCUCUUGGAUAGCCCCACUGCUGCCAAUUGGAUUCAUAAUUGGAUAUCUCAUAAUUCCAAUGAUUAUUAAUCGAUUCGAUCGGAAGUGGAUUUUGGUCUUUUUGGCUCUACCACAAAUUGCCUCCUAUAUUUUAAUAGUAUUAGCAAAAGACAUUAUCAGCAUAUAUGUAGCAAGAAUUUUGGGAGGAAUAGGCUAUGGAAGCGGAAGUUCCGCAUUAGUGGUAUUCCUUUCCGAAAUUGCAACUCAGGAAACUAGAGGGAUCUUUUUAUCAUUCCACAAAAUGUUUUUCAGUCUGGGAAUAUUUUUUAUAAUGUUCCUAAGUACUUAUUUGCCAUACUAUUAUUUGAAUUUCACCAUAAUUGCCACCAUGAGUUUCUUCGCUUUAGCGUUUAUCUUCAUGCCUGGCUCAAAUUACUUUCGAGAAGAAAAUGAGAGGGAGGAAGAAAUGAACAUGAUGCUUAAACUUUCGGAAAAAGGUAAAAUUUCUAAUUUGAAAAAUGAUAUUUCCAAAGAAACCAGUGGAAUAAAAAAUGAUACGAUAGAGAAAGUAUCUUUUAAUUUUAAAAUAAAAGAAUCCAGUUUCUGGAAAUUAGUGACAGUUCGAGCAAAUCAAAGAGCUUUGAUAAUAGUAAUACUUUCUGCUUCCCAAGAUGUAUUGUCGGGUCACACGAUCGUGAGAUAUUUUUCUCAUCAAAUUUUCACCUACAAUGAAUCUUUUCUGACUCCUGCAAAAUCAAGUUUGUUCCUGGCAAGUAUUAAAAUCACCUCAGCUUUCAUUUGUACUCAAGUGAUAGAAAGAGUUGAUAGAAAAGUAAUACUUUUCAAUACCCUAUUUUUGGGAUCCCUUGGAAUGGGUAUUAUCGGACUUUUUUUCUUUCUAGAAUGUUUCAAGGUGGAUGUUUCCUAUUUCCUAUGGAUGCCUAUUUUUGGAAUUUGUCUUUAUGAAUUUAUGCUGACUAUGGGAAUUGGCAAUUUCGUUAAUAUUUAUUUGGGAGAAUUAUUUCCACAUAAUCUUAGGGGUUUGGCAAUCACUAUCUGUAAAGUUACUUCCGAGAUUCUUAGUUUUUUUAGUAUUUUAAUGUAUCAAAUUAUGAUUGGUCUUGUGAACACUUGUGUGAUAUUUUGGAUUUUUGCUGCCACAAAUAUUAUUCUUGGUUUGAUUAUUUUGAAAAUUACACCAGAGACUAAGGGCAAAAGUGAGGAGGAGAUUCAGAUUUUACUGAAUGCAAAGUGA